UGGGGGCGCGGGUUUGGAAAGAAGAGAGGAACCUUGGAGAUAUUGCUGUUGAUGACGUGCUUUCCCGGUGGUGUUCAGUUAACCAAAGAGCCAAACACUAGGCUGCUUCUCUGUUUCUUUCUGCAACGUUUCACCGCUUUGCAGUUUACUGUUUCCUUGAGGACCCUCAGAGGGCCAGAGCCUGGUGUGUUGGGGCGAGGAAGUUGUAAUUCGGCAAAAUUCGAGAAGCCACGGAGGGUUCCACGCUUUUCGUCCUUAGCUCGGCGUGACCGGCGCGAUUUCUCUGGCCGCCUGGUGGUCUCGAUACUGAGGGCAGCUAUUCAUUGUGAAGAUACUGCUCUCUGCAAUUUGGAAAGAAAGCCUACGCUUUUCAGCCUCUCGAACAACUCAACAGGAAAAAAAAAUGCCUAUUUUUCCCAAAGUAUCUUUAAGACCUGAAGUUGAAAACUAUCUUAAAGAGGGCUUUGUGAAUAAAGAGGUUGUAUCUGGAUCAGGCAAAGAAGAAGCAGAAAACAAGUUUGAAACUCUGUUAAAUCGCCUGUCACAUCCUCCAUCAUUCACAACUGUUAGAGUGAACACACAUUUAGCCACAGUUCAGCAUGUGAAAACUCUGCUGCUUGAUGAAUUUCAGAAGCAGUUUAAUGGAUUAAGUGUUCCUGUUCUUCAGCAUCCUGACCUUCCAGAUGUCUUACUUAUUCCUGUGAUUGGACCUAGAAAGAACAUAAGGAAGCAGCAGUGUGAAGCCGUUGUGGGAGCCCAGUGUGGCAAUGCAGUGUUACGAGGAGCCCAUGUCUUUGUGCCAGGAAUUGUAUCGGCUUCAGGCUUUAUGAAAGCUGGAGACAUUGUUUCUGUGUACUCUGAUAUUAAAGGGAAAUGUAAGAAAGGAUCCAGAGAGUUUGAUGGAACAAAAGUAUUUCUUGGAAAUGGGAUUUCUGCAGUAAGCCGCAAAGAAAUCUUCAGUGGACUACCUGAGCUGAAAGGUGUAGGUGUAAGAAUGACAGAACCUGUGUAUCUGAGCCCCUCGUUUGACAAUGUCCUGCCCAGUUACUUAUUUUUACAGUGUCUCUGCCCUGUGGCUAGGAGCAAGAGUUUGUCCAUCUGAUUUAAACCAGCACAACAACCAAAAUCCCUCAAGGGAAUCAAAU